AUGAGUUCCAGACGAACCGGAGACGUACUCGAGACCCACGUCGUCUUCGACGCCGGCGACUCCCAAGUCCGUCUCACUGGAAGAUCUCGAUGCGCACCGUCGAGAAUCGGCGAAGGAGAACGAACGUACGUUGGAACUGGGCAACCAGAAGCUGAACGAGGUGCAGGACAAACUUGCGGAAAAGGAACGAAAACUGACCGAAGCCAGAGUCGUCAUUCAGAAAUUAAAAGACGAAAUACACGAGGCGAAGAUGUCCGCGUUGAAAGAAUCGUCCGACGUUCGCAGCAUCGCGGAGGAAGAGGUCGAACGUCUCAAGACAGAACUCGCUUCAAAGACGGAUGCCCUNNNUUUACGCUGAUCCGCCCACGCCGGCCACCAGAUCCUGUCUCUUAUACACAUCUAGAUGUGUAUAAGAGACAGCCUGAAGAGAGCGGACUCGAGCUGCAGCAAAAGCUGCAGGAAGCUGCCCGCAAACUGAAAGACCGAGAGAGAUCGCACGCCGACAUGGAAGAGGAGUUGGAAGAGAAAGACGACAAAAUCAGCGUGCUGAAGAAAGAGUCGACGCUCGCCAAGACCGUGAUGUCCAUGUACGAAAAGCGGGUGGACGUCUUGGAAGAAAACCUGAAAACGGCAUGCAAGCGAUACGACGAGGAAGUGAAAAGCAGACGGAUUGUGGAGGCGGCCGCGAAAAAGGCAGACGAGCACGCGCAAUCCAUGGCCGAUAAGAACGUCGAAUUGCAGCGAGAACUUUUAAGACGGCAACCCGAAGAGUCGUUGUACGAAAUGGAAGUGAACCUCGGAGAGAAAGAGGAGUUGCGGCGAGCGCAAUCCGAUAUGGAGGAGGAACGGAAGACGGUUAUGCGAUUGAAGAGUGCGAUCGAGGACCUGAAAAAGGACCAAACGCGUCAUUCGGAGGUUUUUCGAGAGAACAAGAACCUGAAGGAGGAGGUGGAAGCGAACGCCAGGAGGAUCGAAAGUCUCGACGACGAACUUCGCUCGUCAGACGAACUUCGUGCCGAAAAGGACAAGGUGGCAACAGCCGUGAAGGAACGCAGCAACGACGACGCCCAAAGUUCAGUGACGCUCGAGAAAAUAAAAGACGAAUUGCGACUGACGAACCGGGAAGCUGCGGCUGCAAAGGACCUCCAACGAAGGUCGGCGACGAAGCUGGAAGAGACCGAGAAGCAGGUGGAGAGUCUGAAGGAACGGUUGGAUGACAAAGGUCGCUCGACUGCCAACGCGAAAAAGGAGAUCGCCUCCCUCAGAGACGAACUUCGUGCCGAAAAGGAAAAGGUGGCAACGGCUUCCAAGGAACGCAGCGACGGCGACGCACGACGUUCGGCAAUUCUCGAAAAGAUAAAAGAGGAUCUGCGACUGGCGACUCGCGAAUUGGAGACUGCCAAAGACAGGGAACGACGGUCGGCGAAGAAGUUGGAAGAGAACGAGAGGGAGGUCGAGAGUCUGAAGGAGUGGUUGGAC